AUGGCCGCCCGCGGCGUUGUCGCCGAGGCAGCCAACGUGCCCGCCCAAGGCAUGAAGUCGCUCGGCGUCCACAUGUGCGUCGAGGGCAUGACGAGCGACGUGCUCGUUGCUGCGUGGGAUAGGGCGAAGAACUUGAAAAAGGCCACCCCCCUUGGCAAGCCGAAGAUCGACGGCAGUCUCGACCGCAAGGGCUCGGUGGACGUUUACGACCUGCCCGUCAAGCCAUGGAGCGCUCGCGGCAACGCCUCCAUAAAGUCCGUUGUCGACAUCGUCACUGACGUCGACGCCGCCGAGAUGGCCGCUGUGGACUGGGCCAAGGUCAAAGACAUUAUGGCAGAAGGCAAGUACAAGGAAUUGCCGCCGCCGUUCUGCUUCAGCGACCCGGAGGCAGAGCCCCCUUGCACGAUGAAUCUUGCCGUCACACAGAGAGUCGCAGACGGACUCCCAAUCGUCGUGAAGUGGAUUCAGUUCAUUGGCGGGGAGAAGAGCCCCUUCGUGAGGGACAGCAUUAUCCGCGGCAACAUGCGCGUUUUGGACUGGCGCAAGGACGUGUUCAACUCUGCCCGCACGAUGCAGAUCCUGUUCGAACGCCUCGGUGGUGUCCAAGCGCGAUACUGGGAGUUCGUGAGCGCGCCCGCGCCCAGAGCUGGCGGCGGCGACGUUGACGUCGAUCAGAAGAAGAAGGAGCUCUCGGCGGGCGUCCAGCACAUUAAGGACGAAGCCCCACGCACAAAUGCUGACUGCGAACAGCUGGAGUGGGUAGAGUGCGAGCUGGUGGACCCUUCGUCGCCAAUUCACAACCUCAGGCGGGAGCUCAUCAACGCGGUCCUCAAGGUGCUGCGGGACCGCGACCAUUUCGCCAACAAGCUGGUAUACUACCCCAUCCUGCUCCCAGAUGUCCGCGAUGAGUACCAGGGCGCCAUGCGGCGCGCCAUGGAGAUGCUGGACACCAACACCGUCCUGUGCGUGGGCGAGGCGGGCUUCGGCAAAACGCCGUUCAUGAUGUCGAUGGCCAUGGCCAGCGCCAGGCACAACGCCGACGCGGAGAACAGGGCGACUGGCCGCGCCGACGCGGUGGCCGCCGUGCGGACAGCGCCCGACAUGGAUUUUUUCCGCGGUGAAGUCGGGCAGCGCUGGGUCCCUUGCAUCUUCGACGACGGUGACCUGGCGGAGCAGAGGCCCAAGGUGUUGAAAGCAUUCUUCGACGCCACUCAGGCGGAGGCCAUGACGUACGUCAGGUGGGGGGCGGCGAAAUUCGUCCGCGGGCAGGCCCGCUUCGGCGGGGAGAACGAAUACGACGCCAGCGCAGCGCCGACAGCUUCGCAGUGGGCGCUGGCAUCCACAGGCGCCGACGCCGCCCAGAAGACGACCGCCAUCCUGACCGUCAUGCUCAAGCCAACGUUCCCGAAGAACUUCUCGCCGAGCAAUGUCGGCGCUAUGCUGAAACGCUGCACCGUGUUCUUGAACACUCCGACUGACAUGUUCUUCAGGCUCGCUGGCACCGAGAGCCGCGUGGAAAAGCUCCCGUUGAUGGAUGGGUACCUCAAGCCCGAGGCGGGCAAGAUGCUGCGCUCCCACUUGGCCCGCGGGGUCAUGCGCGACGAGGAGGAGUUCGACAGGGUCAUGGCUUACGAGAAGAAGAUGGUCAUGGAGAUCAUGGCAAAGCGCGGCGUCGAGUACGGCGUCCCCGCGGAGGCUGCAGGCCCAGUGGGGGAGCCGGCCGCGGGCGCUGCCGCGCCGCCGCCGCCGAGCUCGGAAGAGGAGGACCCGUUCGGCUUGGGCGGCUCCAUGAUCGGCGAGCAGGCGGAGGCGCCCGCGGCCGCCCCUGUCGUGCCGACGGCGCCGAUUAAGCGGGAGCCUUCCAAUGUCUUCAGCCGCAACUUGCGCCAGAACGGGCCCGUCGAGAUCGACCUCUGCAGCCCCUCCCCGUUGAAGAAGAAGGUGAAGUUCGAGUCGGGCACCGUCCCGCUGCAGAAGGUGAAGCUUGAGCCAGGCUCCAGCGACGCGGUGGGGCAGGACGAGUUCGGGCAGAAGCCGCCGAAGCCGCGCAAGCUCUCCCUUGUCUUGGGGGAGAUCAUGGCUCAUGAGCUGAACGGCGCGGCGGGGCUCUCGCCAGACUCUGACGUCGCGACGGAGCAGGGCGCCGUGUCACUCACCCAGGCUCUGGAGGAGCACUUCGCAUACUUGACGACCAAUUGGUCGAGCGAGAUGGCCGCCAACGGCGAUGCCCGACGUGAGUGCCAGCGCCUCCAGGUUCAGUUUGAGGCGGGCGUCGACUCGCUCGCGUACCAUCGCGAGUGGUGUUCGCUGAAGUACCAGGCCUUCCAGGAGUUGCUUCCCCUGUGGCAGGCGCGUUCUCUGCUGCAUGACGAUGUCCGUGCGCGCGUCGCCUCUUUCCUGGUCCCCACUGAGCCGUCGUGGACGUGGAUUCCACGGGCGGCGCUGGUCCGCGCGGACAACGACCCUGUGCUGCCGUACGUCUGCUGCUUAGCGAGCAUGGAACUCCUCCACUGGAUGCGCCCCGCCGCGUUGGCGGUCGGCUUCCCCGCCGACGCCGUGCCCGCCUCGCAGGAGGGCGCGCGGCUGCGGGUCAAGUGGCGCUUGAUGGAGAUGCAGAUGUAUUGCAUCUACGACGAGCUGGAGGACGUCAGGGCGAAGAUGGCGACGCUCGACAAGACCAUCGAAGGGCUGAGCCGCAUGCGGGUCGUCGGCCAGAGCCGCGCCAUGGCGCCUGGGCGCGUCUUCCCUGCGCCUAAGCGGGGCAAGGCGCGCGCUGUCCUCAAGACGGGGAAGCCCAAGCGGAAGGAACGUGUUCGAUUCAUACGCGCAAGUGACCGCGAGAUCGUCGACAUGUUGCUCGAGGACCAGGUCUUGGAGAAUUUGGAAGGCCAGACGUGCUCUUUCUGCACGAAAGGAACCCUCGGCCCCCUGAAGGACGUCCAGGGCCGUGGACCGCGGUACCGCUGCAACCACAAGGGUUGCCAGAAGUUCUCCUUGCCCCAGAGCGGGCACAUGGUCUUCAGCAGCGGCUCUGGCGUUGCCGCGGUGCCCUUGCAGGAACAGUCUGCCGUGCUUUUCGCCGUCGUGAACAACGUCCCCCUUGCCAAGAUCCAUGCGCUCACGGGCAAGAACCACAAGGCGAUCGAGAGCAUGAGCAAGUUCAAUGAUGCGUGCCGAAAGAGCGACGUGCAGCAGCAGGAGAAACUGAUUUCUUUCGGAGGAAAGGGGCGGACGCGGAAAGAUGUCGAGGCCGAUGAGGUCGACCUCAGGGGCGAUCUACUGCCUGAUCACGCGGAGCGAGCUGAGAACGAGCGGGUCCAGUGGGAGCAGUGGGGCGGUGUCAUCGAAAGAGGCAAUCGCAAGACAUUGGUGUUGACGCGCCUCAAGCCAAGCCUCACCAAGCAGAGGGCGCCAGGCCCAGGCGCGAUACGCUUGCCUGAUUGGACGCCGUUCGCUCACAAGAACUUGAGCAACAGGAACGUUGUGCUCCACACGGACGGGGCAAAAACGUACAAGGUCAAGGUCGAGGGGAUGCUCCACGACCACGUCGUGCACCAGAGGAAGCGGCUCGUGAAGAAUGGCAAGCCCGUGAAGAAGAACGGCCGCCAGGUGUGGGUGAAACCCACGUACGCCAAGAAGUUUCAGCAUAAACUUCCUGGUGGACGAGUCCUCAAGUGCAAAGGCGGGACCCAGAUCAUCGACAGGUUCUGGCAGCACUUGCGCGGCUUCAUCAAGACCAGGAAGAGCUCCGUUGGCUCGGUGUCAUUGAACGCCAGGGUCCGAUCGGCCCAGUGGGCGUACUGGCAUGCCAACGAGGACCUGUGGCUGGAGACUGGCAAGAUGUUCAGCCGCUUGAGGGGGAAGUAG